CAGGGGUGGGGAGUAUCUCACUCAUUUUAAUGUGAUAAAACCCAUCACCUGCUGCAAUAAUUGCAGCCCUAGGGACUAGCAGCCUCCAUCUUCCUUUGCGUUUCUUAGAGACCGGGUAAAAAUCAAAUGUUCUCCAAGGGACGCGGGUGAGUUGCGCGCUGAUGGCGAGUGCCCCAGGUCUCCUGCCAGCCGGGGCAGGGGAGACGGCUCUUGGGAGGGGCAGGGGGCCCCCCCCCCCCCCCCCCUGCCAGUAUCAUCGCUGUUCCUUCUCUCUGCCGUGCCCGGGUGCUGGAGCAUGGGGGGCUCUUGGCACUGGGCCGUGGGCUGUUGGGUGCAGGCCUGCUCCUUAGGGAAGGCAGGUGACUUAACGCUCUCGUGCUUUCCCUCCCGCAGAAGCACCGGCUGCAGCAGGGCAGGUGACCUGGCCCCCCAGGCUCCAGGCAGAAAGGCAGGUCAGGUCUCGCCAACCUUUCCACCACCGAACUCCCCCUGGAAAACCUGCUCCGCAGCCCCGGACCCAUCCCGACAGCCCCGUCGGCUCCUUGCGUCCGGCGCCAUGGCCGAGGUGAAGCAGACCAUGGAGCGAGCGAGAGCUGCUUUCGGCUCCGGCCGGUCGCGGGCGGUGGAGUUCAGGAUCCAGCAGCUGAAGGCCCUGGAGCGCAUGAUCAAGGAGCGGGAGAGGGAAAUCCUGUCGGCCAUCAAUGCAGACAUCAAAAAGAACGAGUACAACGCCUACAAUCACGAGAUCCUGGGGCUCCUGGGGGAGCUUGCCCUGAUCACCGACAAACUGCCGUCGUGGGCUGCGCCCCAGCCUGUGGCGAAGACCAUGCUGACGCUGACGGAUGAGGCCUACAUCCACCAUGAGCCGCUGGGCGUGGUGCUGGUUAUCGGGGCCUGGAACUACCCCUUCGUGUUGGUGAUGCAGCCGCUGAUAGGGGCUAUUGCGGCAGGAAAUGCCGUGGUGAUCAAGCCAUCGGAGUUAAGCGAGCACACAGGAAACCUCUUGGCCAAGCUGAUCCCGCAGUAUCUUGACCCGGAGCUGUACCAGGUGGUCAAUGGCGGCAUUCCCGAGACAACCGAGCUGCUGAAGCAGAGGUUCGAUUACAUCUUCUACACCGGGAAUCCCGUAGUGGGCAAAAUCGUCAUGGAAGCUGCCGCCAAGCACCUCACCCCUGUUACGCUUGAACUGGGGGGGAAGAGUCCUUGCUACAUAGACAAGGACUGUGACAUUGAUGUUGCCUGCAGGCGCAUAACGUGGGGGAAGUACAUGAACUGUGGGCAAACCUGCAUUGCCCCGGAUUACGUCCUCUGCGACCAGGCCAUCCAGAGCAGAGUGGUGGAGAACAUCAAGAAGACCCUGAAGGAAUUCUACGGGGAAGACGUGAAAAAUUCCCCAGAUUAUGAAAGGAUCAUCAACAAGCGCCACUUUAAAAGGGUGAUGAGUCUGCUGGAAGGGCAGAAGAUAGCACAUGGAGGGGAAGCUGACGAGGCCACCUGCUUUAUAGCUCCAACAAUACUCACCAGCGUGAACCCGGAAUCCAAGAUCAUGCAGGAGGAGAUUUUUGGGCCUGUCCUUCCCAUCGUGACUGUGAAGAAUGUGGAUGAGGCCAUUCAGUUCAUAAAUCAGCGGGAGAAACCGCUCGCCCUGUAUGUAUUUUCCAAUGACAAAAAGCUGAUCAAACAGGUGAUUGCGGAGACCUCCAGCGGUGGCGUGACAGCGAACGAUGUCAUUGUGCAUUUCUCCGUCCCAAGCCUGCCCUUCGGCGGAGUCGGGGCCAGCGGGAUGGGUGCUUACCAUGGCAGGCACAGCUUUGAGACCUUCUCCCAUCGCCGCGCCUGCCUGAUCAAGUCGCUGGGCAUGGAAGGCGCGAACAAACUCCGAUACCCACCCGGCAGCCAGAAGAAAGUAGACUGGGCAAAGUUCUUCCUCUUGAAGAAGUUUAACAAAGGCAAAAUCGGCCUGAUCAUCAUGGCGGUGCUGGGGGUCCUGGCAGCCCUCAUAGUCAAGAUGGCUCGCUAGCAAGAGACCUGUCAGGCUGGCUGCGGCCACAUGCUUGCCCUGGACCCUCAGCACCUGCUUCCCGUAUCCGUGUCUUUGCUUACAAGGUUCCUCCUCUUUCUGUGAGAUGUCAAGCACACAAAGUAUAAAUGCACUAAUCAAUGCCAGGGGGCCCAGAUGCUCAUUCGGACACCGGUGGGCAGAAACGCUCGAUUGUGCCAUUGGCAAGGAGGUAAAGGAGAAUGGCCAAGCAGGAAACAGCAGCUCCCUCCCUCUGCAGCUCCUCCUGGGCUUACGACAUAGCUGCAAAGACCUUGCCUUCUGCUUGUGCCCGUGUCCGAAUACCAGCUCCUGAACUCCUGCUUGGCUUUGAGGGACCAGCAGUUGGCUUUCGAACUCAGUUUUGUGAGCUGACUCAGGUCAGAGGUGCUGCCCCCUCCCUCCCAAAAGGAGAAAAUUGGGACCUGAAUGAUCUUAACUGAAAGGGCAAACAAAGCAAGAGCAGCCAGCAGUGCUUUCCAUAGCCCCAGGAGCAGCCAGAGGCCAAGUAUCUUCUUUGCUCUUUCUUUCUGAGGUCUCACACCCCUCGUGUUCUCAGAGUUAGUCGGACACGUGCUCCACUUCUGGUGGGGUAAAUUUCCACUGGCGUUAAAGGCCAGUUCCAAAUGAACGCGCGUGGAGGCUCCUGCUUGCUGCCUUCGCUUCACCCAUCGUCUUUCGGACGAGUACGUCCAGCACGUGGCCCUGCGAUUCAGUCCGGCUGCAGGUGCCGCAGCAAAAGGUUCGUGACAGCUUGUGGGGAGUUCCCCCGUGUUGUUGCGAGAGACUCUGUGAGCCCCUGCAAUCCUGCACUGGCAGGUGGCAACACUACGAAGGACUUGCGCCAAGCGCAUUUCCACUUGCUGCUGGAGAGACCCUGGAAGGCACGACUGAUCGCCUCUGACUCUGAAGUAGCGUGAACCCGGUCCAGCUGAAGAGGGAGGUGUGGGACAAAGAUGGGCAUGCUAGGUCCCAGCUUUCUAAAAGAGCUCUUUUAUUUUUUCCUUACUAAAAAGCAGCAGGAGACCUGAUGUGUUACUAUGAAAGAAGGAUUGUAGAAAGCCAUUGGCCUCAUCUCCCAAGAUGAGUUAUGCUCAGUGAAACCUGCCUGCCAAGCCAGGUAUUAAAAAUAGUUUAUUUAGUGUUUGCAAAAUCUAA